AUGGGUUCUAUACCACCAAUGUCCGCGUUUGCGAGGGCUGAAUACAUUCCUCCAGAUGCCAUUUUCGAAGUGACAAAGAGAUAUGUGGCGGACCCGGACCCAAACAAAGUCAACCUUGGCCAAGGUACAUAUCGCGAUGAAAAAGGCAACCCCUGGGUUCUUCCUUCUGUUCGCGAGGCCAAAGUACAGCUCGGCGAGGGCUUUCACGAAUACCUGCCCAUUGCGGGAUUGCAGCAGUUUCGGGAUGAGGCAGUGAAAGUAGCAUUUGAAGGGAGCAAGGCGUUGAGUGAGAAGAGGAUCGCAUCUUGCCAGUCACUGUCAGGGACGGGGGCAUUGCUGCUUGCAGGAUUGGCCUUAAAGCAGGCCAAUUCAGGCAUCACCACUGUGUAUAUCACGGAGCCAACGUGGUCCAAUCAUGAUUUGCUCUUCAGUCGGUUGGGAUUCGAGGUAAAGAAGCUGCCAUAUUAUAAAGACGGCUCUUUCGACUUCGACGGCUAUAUCAACACACUGCAAGAAGCAGAUUCCAAGUCUGCUGUGGUCUUGCAUGCCUGUGCGCACAAUCCAACUGGAUGCGACCCGUCACACGAUCAGUGGAAGAAGAUUGCAUCUAUCAUUAAAACAAAUGGUGUUUUCCCAAUAUUUGACUCGGCCUACCUCGGUUUCAACUCUGGGUCUGUGGAUGAGGAUGCAUGGGCAAUUCGAUAUUUUACUGAAGACUUGGGUCUUGAGGCAUGCGUCUGUCUCUCCUUUGCAAAGAACAUGGGCCUUUACGGAGAACGAGUCGGAUUGACGGUUUUUGCGACCGCCACGCCUGAGACUGCCAUCACGAUGUCUUCCAUUCUGGCUAAUGUGCAGCGAGCCACAAUCUCAAACCCGCCGGCCUACGGCGCAAAGCUGGCUGCCACCGUUCUCGGCACCCCUGCGCUCAAGGAACAGUGGUCAAAGGACUUGGUGACUAUGUCAAGUCGCAUAAAGGCAAUGAGACAAAAGCUCUAUGACGAGCUCCUCAAGCUCCAGACGCCGGGCAGCUGGACACAUCUCAUUCGCCAGACAGGCAUGUUUGGUUAUACGGGGAUAAGUGAAGCGCAGGUUGUGUAUCUUGAAGAAAAACAUCAUGUCUACAUGGCCAGCACCUCCCGCAUUUCAAUCGCUGGGCUAAACGAGAGCAACGUAGCUUACUUCGCCAAGGCUCUUGAUGACGCUGUCCGGAACUGUGUUUAG